UAUGUGAGAUAUAAGGAAAAGCAAAUCGCUACUUAGAGUACUGUGUGUGCUGGAGUGAGGAUGGGGAAAGAAUGGACUACCCAGGUUCAUCCACGUUGUAAUAGGUGUCUUAUUACAUAAUACACUGUUACUAUAAAAAAGAAUUUAAGACACAUCAGCUGCUGCUGCAUUCAGUUUGAUCAUCACAGCAUCGUCACGUCUGCAGAGGUGGUGAGAAGCCUGCCAGUUAUUGGCCCAUGUACCUCAUGACUCAGUCAUUUUUGCUGACUCACUGGCUGUCCUUUGGCUGUCCUCUGAAUUUUUAAGAGCCAGAGGACAACCAUUUUCACUAUUUAACAAAAUGAAGUCUAUUAAAUGUGCCCAGGGAAAGUACUCAUUAAAGGGCACAGGAUAUGAAAUGAAAAUUGAGAUAAUAAUGUAUGUGUUUAGGCAUGUAGAUUUACACCUGUCUGCAGUAGAAAGAAGAGGAGAGGGAAGGACAAGUAGACAUUAAACUGAUUUAAAAGAGAGGAGGGGCAGAGGCUCUUAACAGAUUGAGCAGAAAAAACGAGAAAGAAGAAAGAGCCAUAUCAGGCUGGAAUUAGCAUGUCUCUCCCCUACUCACUCUUCAGACAGAGAGAGAGAGAGAGAGAGAGAGAGAGAGAAAGCUGAGAGUCGUUCGCCUCUGGAGGACCAAACCACCCAGCAUUCUCAUACCUGCGUCACUUUAGGGCUCACGACUAUCCCACAGAUCAGACAGCACUGAACAGCACUGAUCAGAGGAUACUUUGAAUACACUGUGCUUGAGGAGGAGCCUGAUUUAAAAUCUGCAGGAUUGUGAGCUGCCUGCACCUGGUGUCUGUGUUUGAGAGAUGAUGAGGGGGGACCUGCUGCUACAGAAUGUGACCACCGAGCCACGGAGAACACACUCAUCAGAGAAGAAGCUGGCUGCUUUCUGGGUAUCUCUCUCCCAGCGCACCAGAAUGCUCUUUAGACUCAGACAACGCAGUGGCUUCCACAGGAGUCCGUCUGUAGCAGGGCUGCUAAGGAGUGAAGUGUAAGUGUGUGUGAGAGAGAGAUAUACAUUUUAAGUUUAGACCUGUAUAUUUGUAUGUAUCGAGAUGGCCCCUACAGAGCAAGACCAAAUCUACCCUUCAAAUACAAUGACAUGGAAACAAGAAGUGAUGGAAAAUGGCUGAGCACCAGGACAGUAAAAAAAAAAAAAAAAAAAAAAAAAGAGUAAAGGGCAGGAAAUCAACAAGUGUAUCUCAUCUCAUCUUCAGCUUGUGGAUUGCUUUCUUUUGAAAAUAUAUUUGUUUUGGGAUUCUUGUCUAUCUUUGAAAAUGUGCCACCAGUGAAAGACAAUGUUUCUUUCUCUCAUUAUGACACCACAGUCCUCCAUGUUUCAUUCUUCUAGAAUUUUAUCUCAUAAAGCUUGGAGUGAAUUGAAGGACACAGUGCUAUGCACUAUAUACUCUGUGUCAGCCUCGGGACGAGCUGCGUGUCUGAAUUUAUGAUGGUUUUUGUGCACCUGGAGCUGGAGCUGAUAUUUGUAGGACAGAAGCUGCGAGAGUUCACCUGUAAGCUGACACGUUCAGCCAGUGGCUACCUUCCAGAGAGUUCCUCACGUAUCGCUGCUCAUGUACUGCUGCCGUACCUUCUGGCAGGCCUCGGUCUGGUGGCUGCAGGAAUGAUCAUGAAUACAGUACAACACUGGGAAAUGCUUAAAGAAAUCUCUGAAGUGUUUAUCUUGGUUCCUGCACUAGUGGGCUUAAAGGGAAAUCUGGAGAUGACUUUAGCAUCCAGACUAUCCACAGCAGCCAACACCGGUCAGCUAGAAAAUCCCAGGCAGCGGACAUUGAUGGUGUACACCAAUCUAGCUUUAGUCCAGGUACAAGCCACAGUGGUGGGUUUUCUGGCCUCACUGGCUGCAAUAGGCUUGGGGGGCUUGAUUAAGGGCCGUGUGGACCUUCAUCAGGCUGCUGUACUGUCUGCUAGCAGUGUGACCACAGCCUUCAUCUCUGCUCUCACUUUGGGGUUGCUGAUGGUGGGGGUGAUCAUUGGAUCUCGAAAGAUGGGCAUUAACCCUGAUAAUGUAGCCACCCCAAUAGCUGCCAGCCUCGGUGACCUCAUCACCCUCUCACUGCUGGCAGGAAUCGGCAGCUUCUUCUUCCAGUUUAGAGAGAUGUGGUAUCUACUUCUACUGAUAUGCGCUGUGUUCCUCUUGCUCAUCCCUCUCUGGGUAAUGAUCGCUCGCCGCAGUCCACCAAUCAGAGAGGUGCUGAAGUCAGGCUGGCAACCUGUUAUCAUUGCUAUGCUAAUCAGCAGUGCAGGAGGACUGAUUCUGGAUAAGACUGUAAGUGACCCUCGGUUUGAAGGCAUGGCAGUGUUCACACCCAUCAUUAAUGGUGUAGGUGGGAACCUGGUGGGUAUUCAGGCUAGCCGAAUCUCCACCUACCUGCACUGCAUCAGCGUUCCUGGAGUCACAUCCCAACACAUGAAAACACGCUGCCCUCAUCCCUGCAUGACUUUCUGCUCCUCAGUGAACUCCAGAUCUGCUAGAGUUCUUUUGCUGCUGGUGGUUCCAGGUCACCUGCUCUUCCUUUACACAGUCCAGCUGUUUCAGGGUGGACACACUGCCAUGACAGCUGCUUUCGUCUGCUGCUACCUGUGUGCUGCACUACUGCAGGUACUAAUACUGCUGUACGUGGCAGAUGUGUUGGUGUGGCUGAUCUGGCGACAAGGUCUGGACCCUGAUAAUUACUCCAUCCCUUACCUGACUGCACUGGGGGAUCUGCUGGGCACCAGCCUCCUUGCCCUCACUUUCAGAGUAACCUGAGAUCAGAUCAGUUCUCUGGUUCUAUUCUGAUUAUAACAUGGGAACAUAUGCAAGUUUAAAGAAACAGCGAUAAGAAAUAUUUGUUGGGAUAAAAUAAAAGUAAGAAGCAUUUAUGCGUUUCAGUUCAAUACAUCAUGACAGCUGUAUUAGACCAAUUAGAUUUUCCUCUAUCAUACAGACCAUUGUGAUUCUUUAUGUAGAAUUCCAUUUCCACAUUUCAAUAAUAUAAUUUUUUUCAUUAUAUUUUCAUUGUUGAUUACCUUACUGGAAAUUUCUUGUUGCUUCUCCUACAUACACAAGUACUUAAGAGUUAAUGGCAUUUAUUGGAAAACUAUAUAGGAAUAGCGAACUAUCUGUACAUUUUUCCUAAUAAAUGUUAUUGUACAUAUUUACAUAAUAUUAAUGUAAUAAAUCUGUACUGAGGAGGUCCGUUAAAUUGAUUUUACAAUUAAAAAAGUCCCUGGUAGCAAAAAGCUUGAGAACCGCUGCUCUAAUUAAAGCGGACUGUCUGUACUUUAACUUCAAUGUCCUUGUUUCAUUUUAAAUCCAGUGAGAGGAAGAAUUGUCAGUGUCCUGUUAUUUAUGGACUGCAUUGUAUUAUCGUCAUGUGCUGUGUUUCUUGGAGGCCAUUUACUGCAAACGAAUCACAAAAGUGACAUAGUUCUUUCACCAUAGCAAUGAAGGCAAUAAAUGCAUCAUAUGGUGUUAAUAACAUGUCUUACAUAUUAACUAAUACUACCAGGCUACGUUGUGAGCAAAAUAGAUGCUUUUUCUGUGUUGUACCAGUUCUUAUAAAGAAGAUAGCACUAUAUUCUUGUGAGCAUGUAGCCUGAUCAUUUCUGAUUAAACAGUGCAACAUUUUACAUUAUACAGAUAGAAAAUGUUUGUAAUGAACGUCGCCUUUAGUAUUAACCUUGUGAUUUCAAAAACUGAGCUACUUCUGUGCACUAUGAUGUAUUUAUUAAUUAUACAAAUUACGUUGCCUGUCAUAGACUAUGCAAAAGAAAUGAUAUUGUUGCAUAUUUUAUACUUAAAUGUAUUUGUCCUAUAUGCUGCAAUGUCUUCCACGGUCUCAAAAGGCAUAGCCUUACAGUGUAG